CUCCUGCUCGCGUCCUGUAUCGAUUCGGUAGCUGUUUUUGGGGUCGUUGAGCGAUGGCUGCGUCUGAGGACGGAGAAGAUUGCGCUAUGAAGUACCUGAAGGAGCAGCAGAAGAACCCCUCAGGUCCACGCAAAACAAAGCCCAGGUGCGAAUCAGACGCGGCCAUGGAAUACCUCAAGGGGCAACUUGCCAAACAGAAGAAAACGGCAACAGGGCGAACAAGUCCCAAGGUUCCAUUGCCAGACUAUCUGAAAGGUAUAAGGCUUCAAGCCCCCCAGACGGAGAGGAGUCCGGAGCCCUCCACCCGAACAGCUUCGAAUCCAAACUCACCAGGAAAGAUUGAAGCUCCCCAAGUUCGUGAUGCCUACUUCUCUCCUGGAAGUGAUGUUCGGAAGACCUUAGACCUCAUGCAAAAGGUUGGGGCGGCACCUCCAGCACCGCCUUCCCAUGGUCCCCUGAGCCCAGGGGGCCCAGGGGGCUCAGUGGGCCCAGGUCCCGGCGUCACGCGCAGUGCAUCUGCCAAGCGCAUCCGCCCACAAGCAGCAGCAUCUCCAACUCAGUGCUCGCAGUGCUCGCAGUGCUCGCAGUGCUCGCAGUGCUCACCACCUUCGCCUUUGUCUUGGACCACGCGGAGCUUACGGGUCCCGGUUCAAAGCGCUCCGUGUCCUUCAAGUCCCCCUGGAAGGUCUGUCCCUUCUGCUUUUCGCGAGUUGGAGCUUGAAGCUAAGGAGGAAACUGUAGCCGCUGUAGCUUCUCCGCCUGCAUCUUGGGUCAAGACUUACACUGAUAUCCUGGAGAAGUCUCAGAAAUCCCAAGGAGGCCCUGGAGUCCGAGCAGCCAGGCUAGAAAGUCCAGUGCGUCGAGUUGUGCCUGGAGGCGCCGUUUCCAAGAAUUUCCAGUCCGGUCUUGUGAGUCCGAUGCAGACUUGGCGAUCUGGACGCCCUCCACCACCGCCACCGCCAGCAACCGUAGUGGGAUCGGUGCCUAUCGAUUUGGUCUCCUUGACCUCUGGAUCUCUCCGCUUGCCUCCCGGGGAAGAAGCCAAUCCUGGCUACCACAGUGCACGAAUCCGCAUACCUGAGGCCACCGAAGUGGCAAAGCAGGAGACAACCGAGACGGCAGAGACCAGAGAUGAGGUUGUAGAUACGAAGAGUGCAAAGGAUGAAAAGAGUGGGAAUGAGGACAGCCAGGUUGCAAUGAAGGUUGAUUCGCAGGAGAAUGCUUAUCCCAAGGACUUAGAAAUUUCACCGCCUCCAAGGGCUGCCUUAACACCAUGCAACUUCACAGGUGCCUCAACACCCAACCCGAGUCCCAAGAAGCCAUGGGAGGGGACGGAGAUCAAGAGUGAGAAGACUCUGGAAAAGACCCCUGAACAAACACAUGAAAACCGACCGCCAUGCGAGAAACCUGACCUACGGAGCCAGCCUCGGCUUGUACCUAGUGGCGCAUGGUCGCCUGCACCUGGAUUCUUCAGGGUGCAUCGAGAUUGUAUGAAACCAGUUCAGCACACGGUUGCCGAGACUACCAGCACUACCAGCGCUGGCAGUGGCACAGGCAGAAUACAGGGGAUUUCCACUUGCAUAACUCCUUCGGUGAUGCCGUGCUCAACCCCACCGAUGCCGAUGACACCUCCCCUCCCUUGGCACCGGGUCACUGGUUUUGAGCUGAAGCCAGGUCAGCCAGGCCAGACAGGCCAGCCAUGCCUCACCAGAGAACACACAGCAGCUUCAGCGUCGGCAAGGUCAGCCAUGGCCACUUCGACACCAAUGACAUCAGCAACGACUCAGUGGUUGCCACCGAAGGUUGGUGUCUAUCGCACCUACUCGGUGACUGCUGCCGUACCUUGGUUUCCAAAGACCGAGCAGCGACCCUGGAACCCCCAGCAGGGAAGUCCCCUUCGGAGAAGACAGAUCAAAGUAUGAGACCAACACUCUUUUGCUCAUACACGACUUGUAGGAAAUUUGGAGGGCGCAUUACACACAUGGCCCCCAGUCUGUACUUUAGAAAGCUGCGUAGUGACAUGGUGCACAGGUCAUUAUGUCAGAGCUUCUUCAGCUUGCACCCCAUAACCCAACAUGGUGGUGCAGGCAAGUUGCCAUCAGAAGCUGUUUGAGUAUUUAUGGCAUCAACCGUCUGCCAAUGAGUUUGCUCUGUAAUCUAAUGCGCAAUUGCUUGGAGCUGAAAA